AUGUCUCUUUAGGCAUAGAUGUUUUUAAGUAGAUUUAUAUUAUACAAGAGACAUGACUGAGCUUCUAGAACAGGAAAAAUUACUGGAUAACUGAAUACUUACACAGUGUAUAUAAUAUGUAAAUAUAAUCCUCAUAAACUUGUGUUCCACAGCCGCUCCUCAGCCAGGGCAGGUCAUAUACUCCUAAUCACUAAUACCUGUAAUGUUGCUUAAAAUAAUCCCAAAAUUAUUCCCAGCAAGAUCCAUGUACAAAUCAAAGUUGUGUAUUAUGUCCAGGGUUUACUGGGGCAUCUUCACACAGCAUGGACUCAUGAAACAUUGGACUCUCUCUCUCUCUCUAUGGAGGACUGAGGGCAGACAUAUUUUCUGUCACUGGUGUCAUUGUCUCCACCCACUGUGACAGAAGACACGCCGCCUCAGAUGGUUUAUGUAAAAAGGUGAAUAAACACAGAAGGUCCCCAAGUGUAGUUGUAGUACAGAGGAAGUGGAGGACCGGAAGCGCUACUCUGAUAAGAUAAGGAGCAGAGGCUGGAGCCACAGCUGUAGAGGCAAUACACAGGAACAAGUAAUGGGUAAGGGACAGAUAAUUUGCGGUAUCGACGUCCUACUUCCGCCUCCAAUUUGCGUUUGUGUGCAAGUGUUGAAGCCAUUUUGCUCUGAGUUGUCACGUGACACUGACACGCUGGGAACUGGAUAGCGUAAAACUACGUGUCCCGGCGUGCACCUCCUGCAGGAAAUUAAUCACGUGCAUAUUCAGAGCCAAUCAGUGCAGCGCCUACAAUAAAAUGUGGAUGAAUACACUUGCAAACCAGGGAUAUACAAGCGGCUGCCCUCCAGCUAUUCACCGGCUCUCCUGAGAGUUGUAGCUUAGUCCAACUUUGAGGCGGGGCAGGUUGUGCUUUGAGAGUUAUUGUAACCUACACAUGUACUCCAGGGGAAUUCACGCUACGACAGAACGCGUGCCCUGAUUGGCCCUCCCACGUCACGUGGCAGCCCGUAUUUCCUGUUACCAAUGCACGCUGGGAAUUGUAGGAGAUCGCUUUAUGAGCCAUCGAUAGGAUUAUAUCUAUGGGAAGAAGAUUACUGGUCCGUUGAAUUCUGGGACUUUUGGUGGAACUACAAGCGAUUGAGUUUUGUAAGCUUAGCUCUCUGCGCUGGUGAAGCGUCACGAGGGGAUCAGGAGCGAAUCAGUGCAAUGGUUGUACUUGGCGUGGAGGCGGGACUUCCGGGUGAGACUAUGCUGAUUGCGGAAGUGAUGUUCCAGGAUGGUUUGUGCAUUAUAUUUCGUGGCCAGUGGUGGAGGCGAGACUGAUACAUAUGUUACCGCAGAGCGGAUUGUCAGUCUGAUUGUAUCAAGCAGCGUCUUGGGCAGUUAGGGAGCCGCAGCCUACAUUAUGGGGUGUCAGUAAUAUCCACUUCAUUGGGACAACAAGCUUCUCAGGUCAGUCCCUCCCACGAGGAGCCAAUGGGAAUGUGGGAGGAAGCGAGUGACACAGGGAUGAAGGGGAAGAAGAAGGAUAAAAAUGAGCGGAACAAGAGAAUCCUGAAUCUGACACUGGAGAUGAUCUAUCUGCUGACUGGAGAGGAGUGGGUUCGUUUCAAUAAAGACCAUUCUCUCAUCACAGAAGGGAUAAAGGAGGAGUCCCAGCAGCUCCAGCCACAGGACUGUGAAUAUGAAGAUAAGAGAGAUAUUACAGCUGAUCUGGGAGGAACAUUAUGUUAUAAUAAUGAGACAAGCAAGAUUGGGGCUGAAGGAGCACAUUUUUUUGCUGACGGAAAUGUGGAACAGCCUCCAACAGUCAGUGAUAUAAAAGAGGAACCUGUUUCAUUGGAAGAGAGAAACCAAUCAGAUUGCAGCAUUAAUCCACAUACAGAACAGAUACAGGGAACAGAUACAACUACUCCUAUAAUGGGAUGCAGCCUGAAAAACAGCUUGUCAGCUAAUUAUAUAUUAGACAAUAUUAAAGAGGAAGCCGAUACAAGUGAAAUAAGCAUCUUGCUAUGUAAUUCUGCCUCAAAUUCGGUUAAAAUAGAAGUGGUUUCUCAUGAAGAGGGAAACCAAUCAGAUUGCAGCAUUAAUCCACUUACAGAACAAACACAGGGAACAGAUACACCUACUCCUAUCAUGGGAUGCAGAAUGAAUAACAGCUUGUCAGGUGAUAUAAAAGAGGAGGUGACUUUGUGUGCAGAGGGAAACCAAUCAGAUUGCAGCUUUAAUCCACUUACAGAACAGAUACAGGGAACAGAUACUGCUGCUCCUGUCCUAAAUAACAGUUCAUCAGAUCACAUUGCAGGUGCCAUUAAAGAGGAAGAAUCAGACCUUUCUGAUUUGACAAUAAUUACAGUUUCGGAACCGACCCCGAUCACGGGCUGUAGCUUAUCAACUGAUUACAGAACAAACAGUAAGAAACUGAGGGCAAGGAAGCAUCCAGAUGAAAAGAGGAAUAAUGCAGCUAGCAAGCAGACAUGUACAGAUCGUAUAUGUGAACACGGUGUACAGGGGAAGUGCAACAACGCUACUUGCUACAAAGGAUUUCAUCGAAAAGAGGUUAAUUUAAGGCAACGUAAAAAUCGCACAGGACUGAUAUCAAUUCCUGUGCCGGACUACAGAGAGAAUUUUGAUGGACAACAGCGGACUCAUACUGAAGACACCCCACACUCAUGUUCUGAAUGUGGCAAGUGUUUUAAGCAGAUUUCAAGCCUCAUUGUCCAUCAGAAAACGCACUCGGAAGAAAGUAAGUUCUCUUGUUCUGAAUGUGGGAAAUGUUUCCCACGUCUCUUACUCCUUAAUAUGCAUCACAAGUCCCACAAACGAGUGAAACCAUAUCUCUGUUAUAAAUGUGGCAAAUGUUAUUUACAGCUUUCCGACCUUAAUGCACACCAGUGCAGUCACAGAGGGGAGAAACCAUUCCCUUGCUCUGUCUGUGGCAAAUGUUUUACCCAGAGCUCGGAGCUGAACUUACAUCAGAAACUCCACAGCGAGGAUAAAGCCUUUACUUGCUCCGAGUGCGGGAAGUGUUUCUCACGUCUCUCCUCCCUCACUGUGCACCAGAUCAGUCACACAGGGGACCAACCACUUUCUUGUUCCAAAUGUGGGAAGUGUUUCACGUAUCGAUCACAACUCAUUGUGCACCAGAGGAGCCAUAUUGGAAUAAAACCCUACUCUUGCUCUGAGUGUGGCAAAGGCUUCACACAGCUCGCACACCUCAAUGCACAUUACAGAGUUCACCAGUCAUAGUUGUUGUUUUUUUAGUUGAGUUCAAGCACUGGAAUGUCUGGAGUGUCAAAGUUUCCUUUGUAGAAGAGUGUUAGGAGAUUGUGUCAUUUUAUUGUUUAGAACUGUGUUCUUUAUAUUUGUUAUAGCACAUGGCAGUUGGGAGACUCAUGUGCACUUACAGCAAAGAACUUAAACUAAGACACCGAUACCUUUCUUUGUUUUGAUCUCAAAACUGCAAAGUUCACGUAAUUGUGUAGGCAAUGUAGAAUUUCAAUUUGGGCAUAUACUUUAUAACAGGCUCCCCAUAGAUCAUGAGUGAAGUUGUCUCUUCUUGUUACAAACUAUUGGUGGGUGUAUCCAAAUGGUCCUUAUCCAGAAGCCGAGUUGGAUACCGGAAGCCAAUCACAGCAAUGUCCUCUCACAGGUCUGCCUAACUGUUUGCUGCCCACCAAUAAGAUGGGGCAUCUCAAUCCUGCACCAUCUAUUAUUUAUUAAUUUAUUUCACAGAGUCACAACAAAGAAAUCUUGAGUUUUUAUAGGAGUUCCUAGCGGGAGAGCGUAGAGAGAUCGUUCCACAGCAAAGAAAAACAAAAAAACUGCUCUUACAGCCAAACAGGUGGAUCUGCCCUCAAGGCCAGGGUACCAGUGACCAAGGCUAUCUUGAGAACAGAAUCCAUCCAAGUUAGGGGGUUCCUGGGGGAAGCUGCAUACACAUAAAUAUAUCUCUGUCAGCAGCAAAGGGUAGAGAAUCCUUGUGAGAGUUCCCAUCUCCUUGUGCCCCACAGUACUUAAGAAUUUUUGAGCCAUUGAUGCAAUUGUAUGUGUUUAUCUGUCAUUUUGCAUCUGUGUAUCUGAUUAGUGAUGGGUCACAAAGGGCCAGUAGAAAAUAACAGGCAUAUAAAUUGAGAAUUGUGCCAUACUGGCAAUCUAGAUUACUAAUUAUCACAUGGGGGGGGUGCCAUGUGAUCAGUACUGUAGGGGAGGUAUUCUCCUAGAAAUUCCAGCAAAAUAUAGUUCCAGUACUAGAGAACUAAAUCAGGCCAUACCCAUAUUAAACUAUGGCUUCUGUUAGCGUGGGAAACAAAGUCCGCUAAACUACAGAAGUAUCUCAAUGGUGCUAAGUUAUUGGCUGUGGCCUGGAAAAGGCCAUUCCAGAAAAUUGCAUAACAGUCUUAGCUCUUGCAGGAAAACAAAUCUGUGCCUUGGGCACGCGUUUCUGAGGCCAGUAUCACGAGUGCCACUUUCAGUGGUCAGAGAAGAUUGUGUAUCUAAAGCGUUAAUCUGCAGUGCUGGAAGAUGAACCACCAAGGCAGUAUCCAGCCACAUGUGAGAUUGGAGUGGGGGUGCUCUCAUGCCAAUGUCUCCAUAUACAUCUGCAGCGACCAAAUGUGUAAUUGCAACUUAUAUAGAAAUUCUUUGUCCUAAUGGCUCACAGUUGAGUACAUAUUUAUGGAUGUUUUGGCCAGAGGCAGUUUUUGCAACAUGAACCUUGUGAAAAAAAUAAGAUCUUUUUUUUUUUUUUAUUAUGUAAAAAUAAAUGAUGAAGUAAAUAUG